AUGAUGCGGACUGACGUGCCGCUGACGUGGACGGGGGCGGCGAUGACGUGGGUUGAGGUGUCGCCGACGUGGACGAGGGUCGCGAUGAGGAGUGAUGUGUCGCUGACGUCGACGGAGUCGACGAUGACGUGGAAUGAGGUGUCGCUGACGUGGACGGGGGCGGCGAUGACGUGGAAUGAGGUGUCGCUGACGUGGACGGGGGUGGCGAUAACGUGGACUGAUGUGUCGCUGAUGUGGAUGGGGGCGGCAAUGAUGUGGACUGAGGUGCCGCUGACGUGGACGGGGGCGGCGAUGACGUGGACUGAUGUAUCGCUGACGAGGACGGGAUCGACGAUGACGUGGAAUGAGGUGUCACAGACGUUGACGGGGGCGACGAUAACGUGGACAGAGGUGUCGCUGACGUGGACGGGGGCGGCAAUAACGUGGAAUGAGGUGUCGCUGACGUGGACGGGGGCGGCGACGAUGUGGACUGAUGUGUCGCUCACGUGGACGGAGUCGGCGAUGACGUGGAAUGAGGUGUCGCUGACGUGGACGGGGGCGACGAUGGCGCGGCCUGAGACGCGGACUGAGGUGCCGCUGACGUGGACGGGGGCGACGAUGACGUGGAAUGAGGUGUCGCUGACGUGGACGGGCGCGGCGACGACGUGGAAUGAGGUGUCGCUGACGUGGACGGGGGCGGCGACGAUGUGGACUGAUGUGUCGCUGACGUGGACGGAGUCGACGAUGACGUGGAUUGAGGUGUCGCUGACGUGGACGAAGUCGACGAUGGUGUGGACUGAUGUGUCGCUGACGUGGACGGGGACGAAGAUGAUGUGGAAUGAGGUGUCGCCGACAUGGACGGGGGCGACGAUGAUGUGGAAUGAGGUGCCGCUGACGUGGACGGGGGCGGCGAUGACGUGGACUGAGGUGUCGCUGACGUGGAUGGGGGCGGCGAUGACUUGUGCUUGCUGCCGUGUGUGCUGCUGUGCUGUAUGUGUGCUUGUUGCUGUCUGUGCUGCUGUGCUGGCAGCCGUGCUUGCUGCUGCGUGUGAUGCUGUGCUUGCAGCUGUGCUUGAUGAUGUGUGUGCUGUUGUGCUGGCAGCUGUGCUUGCUGCUGUGCUUGCUGCUGUGCUGGCAGCUGUGCUUGCUGCCACUCGUCCUCCUUGUGCAACACUCCUGAGCAUGCACAAGGAGGGUGUGUAUGGAGUUACUUUGCAGAUUGCUGGGUUGGCAUGCUUGUUGCUGCGUGCUGCUGUGGUUGCUGCCAGUCAUGCACUUUGUGCAACAGCAGCUCUUGCGAUGGCCAUACCCUUCCUUCUGUCUGAGCUUUGUUUCAUGUGUUAA